AAUGUCAAGGGGCGUUUCGUCUGCGGAACUGAGAGAUGCGGGAACCGUGAAUGGGAGUCAUCUGUUAUCGCCACCAACCUGAGGUUUUCUAAGGUUGGCAACUCCUACAAGGCCACGCUUCAUGCCCAGCAGUGCAAUCGAUGCGAAAAAUAUGCAGAGCCUAUUGUUGAGGUGGAAACCUAUGUUGAACGGGUAGUCUACAUGUUGGACCUAUGGAUGGGUGUUAGAGAAAGGGAGAAGCCCUCUGAAACGAAUAGAAGAGCCAGACGUCCUCAUGAUAGGUCUCGCUGCCAUGGCUGUAAAGUAGGCGAGUGC